CUUCAGCUUGCAUAGCUCGCAACAUCCAUGGAGGACAAGCCUGCUGCAGGGUACCGGCACGGGCCGCCAUGGGUGUUCAAGGGCAGCGCAUUGUACCAGCUGCAUUUGGUGAAGGCAGCGACGGCGCGCGCCUUCGUGCCCAAGGACCUCCGCCUGGUGGAGGCCUUCGGCUACACGCUCGGCGGCAUGUUCCUCGCGCGCUACCACGACAGCCCCGCCGGCCAGUUCGACGAGCUGGUGGUGAUCGCCGGCAUUGUGUGGAACCCGCCGACUUCUUGCGCUUGGGCUGCCAGGGUGCUCGUAAACAGUGCGGAAGCCUGCCGGCAUGGACGCAAGGAAGUGGGGCUGCCAAGCCAUGUCGCAAAGUUCUCACAGACUGAAGCUUCUGAACUCAGAAACAAACCGUUGGCAAAACCAAACGGCUUUCUGAGCCUUCUUGGAAUGGGUUCAACUUUCUCCAAGAAAGAGAGUUGCCGUGGGUUCGAGAUCUCGGAGACCACGGGCUCAUCUACGAGGCACUUGUGCAACAUCAGCCUGCCGGCUACCGGAAUCGCAGCAGGGUCACAUAAAGACAACAAGUGGAUAGGUCCAGCAAUCAGGAUGUCACUUCCGAGCUUCAGUGGGCAGACAGAGGACCAUCCCGAUCUUCUCAAGUACUCUUGCAAAGUAGAGUGCAGGGUGCGCCCGGUAAGUCCUGCCAAGAUCUGGAACCCUAGAACUGCAGAACCCCAGGAGUGCUCUGAUGGCAAGAACGGCAGCGUUGUAGCUGAAUCGGAUGCGCAAAGACAAAGUGUUCUGGUUUUGUUGUCUAGGCCUAUCUUGGCUCUGGAGUUCAGCUCCCUGCUGAUGCGCGUUGAUGCUCCAAAAACUGUUCCUCCACAUUCCAAGAAGAAGGAAGUCAGAUACUCUAGCACCUGAAUCUGAUGCCAGCUGGGAGUUUUUGGCCCGAUUUUCAUACACACUAGACAUGAUUACCGCCGCUUGUUCUUUCAUUUGUUUAUAGGUUUUCAAGAAAACCAUUGUUAGGUUUUAAACCUACUUGAUGAAUUCAAAGUUGCAUAUAGUUUGGUUUCGAUGGAAACCAGGUAA